UUGUGAUUUGUUUCUUUUGACUUUACCGUUAGAGUCUUUGACUUUUCACUGUCAGUUUUCCUGCAGCCUGUAAGCACUCGGAUCUUGUAAUAUCUUUGCUUGGUCCGGGUCUAUUGUAUUGAACCAACGAUAGAUCUGUGUGGAUUGCGGUGAUAUGCUUCGAUCUUUGUGUUUGUAAGAUCGUUUCGCCGCACUUUUUCUUUACCACUCCGCUAUUAAACACUCGAUGCGGCUGGAAAUGAUUUGCAAACCUCGGCGGGUUCUGACGACGAUAUUAUUCUUCGCAUUGCUGUGGACGGUAUUGAAAUAUUUUCCGGGUGUUCCCUUUCUGUUCCAAAACAGAGGCGCGCAGGAUGCAGUAGCCGCAUUGCUGAAAGCUGUCGCAUUUCCCUUGUCAUGGUUGGGUUGGCACGAAUCGCGUCAGGGUCCGUGGAUCUCGCAGUUGAAGCGCAGCGCAGAUACUGAAGAUUAUCACCGCAUCGAUUAUUACUGUGAAGCACCGAAAUUCAAUGCGUCCGUUCCGAAAAACCAGGAAAUACUGGGCAUGCAGGUGCUGAUUCGUCAUGGAGACCGGGGAGCGCUGUUCAACAUGAAGGAUUCUUCCCACAAAUACUGCCCUUAUGACGAAUCAUUCUCCCAUUCCAGUGUGGUGGACUCCUAUUACAAUGCGGUACAGUUAUUUCAGAAACCGGGAAAUUAUCAUCCCGACUUCCAUUUCGUGCCGGAAAAAUCCGUAUGCCUGAAUGGUCAGUUGACCAGUAAAGGCGUGUCGCAACAUUUGGAUUUAGGCGCGGCAGUGCGUCAGCGACUGGGUGAGGCGGCUGGGCAAUGGAUCUCCGCUGAUACACCUGUGUAUUCCACGUUGUAUCCCAGGACUUACCAAAGCGCAUUGGCUUUCAUGUACGGUCUAAACCCGGCCGCUGAUCGGCACAUUCCGCACAAAACUUCUUUCGCUCCACCCCAUGACACCAUGUUCUGCACAUUAGCCGGGACAUGCGAAUGCGUGACCACCAGUCGACUGAUGGACGAAUAUUUCCGCCUGAAGAUGGAUUUCUUUAAAAAAGACCUGGAAAGCAUCGCGCUGAUUACACGCAUCCGGGAAAUUCUCACCGGUCAUCUGGAAAAGCCCCUCCACGUGUGGCCCACGCACGUCUUUGAUGUGAUGCUGCAGUUUGCCUGUCACGGCGGACAUCUGCCGUGCUACGAUGGCACCUGCAUCACUUUCAGUGAACUGAUCGAGGUGAUUGAAGUUAUGGAGCGGUUGGCAAAGAAGUUGUCGGACGAGCCAGCGGUGCGGCUGUACUCGGUGGUGGAUGGGUACGGAUUGCUGCGGAAGAUGGUGGAGAAUCUGAAAGACGUCGUGGAGGGGCGGGCCAAUGCGACAAUGCGGUUUACCCUGUUUUCUGCCCAUGAUUCUACCGUGGUUCCCAUCAUUCAUAGUCUGGGGCUGCCGUUCAAGAUUGUUAUUCCCUAUGCCAGUCAUGUAGCGGUCGAAGUAUAUGCGGUGAAUGGGGAAGAGGAAAAAUUUGUGCGUGUGAUGUAUAACGGGGAGGAUAUUACGCUCAAAACGCUCUUUGCAGCGGAAUGUGAUCGGGAGAGAAAACGGUGCUUGUUCAGGGUGUUUGAGGAGUUCGUCAGUGGACCGUUGAGGAAGGAAUACCUUGCCGCAUGUAAUGUGGCGCACUGAGCGAACCGCGUCGGUUCUCUGUGAUACCAAAGAAAUGUGACGCUCAUAGGUACGAGUACUUGAUUUUCUGAUUUCCCUAGUUAUAGAUUUAUAACUUAUCCCCAUUUUCUUGCCUUUGUUUUGUUUUGUUACUUGGCCGUUGGUUUGAUGGGAUUUUGUUCGUUGUUGACGUCUGAGCUGAGCGUGAUUAUAUAGUUUCGUUAAUAUUCUAAUUACGUAAUAAAUCAAUAUCGUU